AUGUCUGCAGCGGAUGCGGCAGGCUUGAAAGCAGGAAAGGACUACACAGGUGUUGGCGUUGGCGCCUUCGUCUUCGAUGAUCGUGGCAGAGUCCUCCUUGUCAAGAGGAGCUCUUCGGCUCGGACUGCCCCCGGUUGCUGGGCAAGGCCCGGGGGCGCCAUCGAGUACGGGGAGUCCUGCGAGGCAGCCCUCGCGCGCGAGCUCAGGGAAGAGACGGGCCUGGACAUUGUGGCCCCAGAGCUCCUCGAUGUGACCUCGCAGGCGUCUUCUUCAAGCCAUUGGGUCUCCAUAGGCUAUAUUGCGCAGCUGGCGCCGGGUUGCUCCGCAGAGUCGGCGGUCAAUCGUGAGCCUGCGAAGCAUGACGAGCUGGGGUUCUUUGACUUGGAGGAUCUGCCCACCCCCCUGGCAGACUUCACUGCUCCUGCGCUGGAGUCGCUGCGGGCCAAGCGACGGCGUCCAGGGGAUGCGCCGUGA